AAUGGCAGCGACCAUGCUAACCAUGCAGCAAGCGGCGUUAUAGUGGGCGGCGUGCAAAUAUCACGCGAAUUACGUGUUUUAGUUUAUGCUAAAGUUAUCGCUCAUGCAGUAAGGUUCGCUACGUUAGGCAAGCGUUAGGCUUGAAUUUAGGUAAUGGGUUACAGGUACAUUACCACGUGUUGAGGGCGAUCUGCUUGUUUUGAUAUUUGUGUAAUCCCAAGUGCCGGGAAACCUAUGAUGAUUAUUUGGUGACAAAAUCAAGGUGUUCCUUGGCAUCUAAAAUGACAGGGAAAACACUAAAAUUGUGGGGAAGACACUUGACGUGGCUGAGACUUAAACAUCUGCGUGGUCUCUGCACUUGUCCAACUAGAAAAUUCACCGCUCGUGAAGCUCGCCAGACCUUCGUCGAAUAUUUCGUCAAAGGCCAUGAACACCAGUUCGUCCCAUCCAGCUCUGUUGUGCCCGCAGCCGCGGACAAAUCUGUUCUUUUUACAAAUGCGGGCAUGAACCAGUUCAAGGGAGUUUUUCUUGGAAUGGUGGAACCAUCCAGCCCUUUAUAUGACUUGCAGCGAGCUGCAAACUACCAGAAGUGUAUCAGGGUUGGUGGCAAGCACAAUGACUUGGACGAUGUUGGAAAGGACUUGUCACACCACACCUUUUUUGAAAUGCUCGGAAACUGGUCAUUUGGAGACUAUUUCAAGAAGGAAGCGUGUGCAAUGGCCUGGGAACUGCUCACAAAAGUUUAUCAGCUGCCGAAGGAAAGGCUUUAUGUAACUUACUUUGCUGGAGAUUAUACCUUAGGUUUGCAGCCAGAUGAAGAGUGUCGUCAUGUGUGGUUGGACCUUGGUGUGCCGGAGGCUCACAUCCUUCCCUUUGGAAUGAAGGAAAACUUUUGGGAAAUGGGCAGUGUCGGACCAUGUGGCCCCUGUACUGAAAUUCACAUUGACCUUGCUGAGCACAGCUUUGCUUCAUCACCUCCUGUGCAUCGAGUCAAUGCUGGACACAGUGACAUGGUGGAACUUUGGAACCUUGUGUUUAUGGAAUUCAACAGGGACGCUGAUGGUCAGUUGCACUCACUACCAAAGAAACAUGUGGACACAGGAAUGGGACUUGAACGCCUUACUGCAGUUCUUCAGAAUGUGAAAUCAAACUAUGACACGGACUUGUUUUCACCUCUCAUUAAGGCUUUGCAAAAGAAAGCUAGAGUGAAGCCUUACAGUGGCCUGGUAGGCAGUGGCUGUUUCGUGGACAUUGCCUAUCGCACUGCUGUAGACCAUGCCCGUAUGUUCACAAUGGCCAUUUCUGAUGGUGUACUUCCAGAACAUGCAGAUGCUGGGAACAAGUUACGGAGAAUUAUACGCAAGGCUUCUCAUGCAGUAAUCUGGCAUUUGAAAUGUGAUCGAGGAACUCUGGCCCUCUUGGCAGAAGAUGUUCAGCAUCUUCUGGGUGAUGUUUACCCUGGAAUUAAUAUAGAACUGGUGAAAAAUAUUGUGAAUGCCGAAGAAGACAAAUACCUUCAUCAGAUGAGUAAGGCGGAGGCUGCACUGAAUGGUGUGAAGUCGGCUGAUGUUAUGCCUGGACAUAUUGCCUGGGAACUCUAUGUUCAGCAUGGCCUCCAGAAGGAGCUGAUUACUGAUCUGGCUCUAGAAAGAGGCCUGUCUGUUGACUGGGAACAGUUUGCGCGGCUCUUCAAGGAAUUUCAGGAAAAGUCUGCAUCAGGUCGUUCAAGGGAUGAAUUAAAUCCGUUCCAUCAACUCUCUGAUCAUGCUGAGCACCUUCGGAAAUUGGGUGUUGUGCCUACCGAUACUGAGAGCAUUUACUACUGCACAUCUACUAACGGCGUUUAUGAGUUCCCAUCCUUGAAGUCAACUGUCAAAGCUGUCUUUUGCGAUGGCCAGGGAGUUACCAGUGCCAGACAAGGAGAACACUGUCUUGUUGUAACCAAUGCCACAAACUUCUACUUUGAAAGUGGGGGCCAAGUCUCUGACACUGGAUGCAUCAAAACCAAGAGUGGUGAAGUCACUGUUCAUGAUGUGAAAAACUGCAGUGGCUUUGUUUUUCACAAAGGUGUGGUCACAGCUGGACUAAUCCACCAGGGUGAUGAUGCAGAAAUGUGGAUUGAUAAACAACAUCGAUUGCAGUGCAUGAUACACCACACUGCAGCGCAUUGCCUGAAUGCUGCACUGAGAGCAGUAAUUGAUUCUGCUGAGCAGAGGUCAUCAUUGGUAGACAGUGAGCACUUGCGUUUUGAUUUUGUCUGUAAGAAAAAUUUGACCAACGAGCAGGUAGCAAAAAUUGAAGAGAUCUGUCGUGAUGCAAUCCAAGCUGGUCGCAUUGUUGUAAGAAGGACUAUGCCUCUGGAAAAUGCUUUGGCCCUACCAGAGCUAGUUAAAGUUCCAAAUGAGACUUAUCCCAAAACUGUCUCCGUGAUAAGGAUUGGAAAUGAAGAUGACAUCUUUUCUCAAGAGCUUUGUUGUGGAACGCACGUCUCAUCCUUGUCGGACCUGGGAGAAAUUGUGGUGACAUCACACCGUUCCGUGGGCACCAUGGUAAGGUCCAUCUGUGCUGUAGCUGGGCCAUUGGCUGCUGCUUUGCGUUUUCAAGAUGAGCACGUCCAGAGGCAAAUGAGUGAGCUAGCAGAAGAAGUUGAAGCUUUGAACCGAGUAUCACUGGAUGAAUACGUAACUAUGGCAGCUUCCAAGAGAAAACUUACUGAAGUGCGAAAGCUUGUAGCUGCCCGUGGAAUUUCCCUGCUGCUUCAGAGGAAAGCAGAGGCAGAACUUCUCAAGCUGGAGCGUCAUGUAGACAGCAUCAUCCGAAAGUACAACCGGAAUUUUGGAGAGCCGAAGGUGAUAGAUCAGUUGAACAGGGCCUUGGAGAAGUGGAAGCACACAAACUUUGUUGUGGCUUGCUUUGACUUUUGCAUGGAUGGAAACCUUGUGUCAAAGCUGGCAUACAAGAAAUGCAGUUCUAAGCCAUACUUCAUUGCAGCAUUCAUAAGUACUGACCAACUUCGCAUAGACUGUGCUGUCCCCAAGGAGUUCUUGACCAGUGAAUUUCAAGCGGAGGCUUGGGUGAAGGCUGUUGGACCUUAUGUAACCUUACAUAAUUUUGUGUCUCCCAAAGUUCACACCACUAAGACUUACUGUUAUGUGAGGGCAUCAUUUGGGCCAGGUUUAGAUCUCGAAUUUGUCGAGCAAGCUGCUGUCAAUUUUGCCAAAAGUCAUUGUGCUGGCAAACUGAGCAAGAAAACAUCAGAUGUCCAAUUAUGAUAAGAUAUACAGUUUGUAGCGCAGGUAUUUUCCAUAUGUGUACAUAGCCAGUUUGUCUGUUGUCUUUAUUUUGUAAACACAUGCAUUCUCUAGUAAGCUAUGGUUCCCUCUGACAGACUAAAAAUUGUUGUGAAAUUCCAUUCCAUGGCUACAGAACUCUGGUGGCUUGUAUGUCGUGACUUGGAAGCUAUUUCUGGAGAAUUAAAAAACUUCUUGUCAUUUGAACUAUUGCUAGUGCCCACACAUCAAAGCAUUUAUGCUAUCUCUUAGGGAAUCCUAUUAGCUGUGCAAAAAAAGAAACUGUGUUUGCAUUGCAAAUGAACAAGAAGGGGAAUGUGACAGUAUUCUGUUGGGCUAGUUGGUGCAUAUCAACAGGUACGGCCAGCAACUUAACACAAGGAUGACAGUACCAGUGGCUAGAUUUUUGUUAGGCACAACAACAUAAAGCCGGCAAUGAAGCCAAGGAAAGUGUAAAGGAAAUUUCCUGUGGUUUUAACUUAAAUGUAGAAAUGAUAAGGUAAAGGGAAAUGAAAGUGGAGAAAAAUACAACUUGCCAACAUUGGGAGCCAAACCCAUAGCUUUUUGUAAAUUUUAGCUGUAAACCCAUAGCUGUUGUAAGGCUCCCAAAGCUAUUAAUAGCUAUUUUAGGUUUGCACCCAGCAUUCAAAAGAGCUAUUGGGUAACUAAAUGCACUGGCAAAGUGCAUUAUUCCAUGCCCUAUUACAUAUUUAUUAUUACAGCCCUAUUACAGCUUUGCAGUUGAGAUAUUGCAAGAGAAGGAUUCAACCAGUGGUUAUCUUUGAGAAAGUCUACAUUAAAAUCUCCACAGGCAACCAAAAGGGAAUUAGAAGCCAUUUGAGGGCUUAGGGUGGUUUCCAUAUCAGCUAUGAAUUUGCCAAUAGCUGCUCUUGGAGUGCAAUAAUGAGUUAGAGCGCACACGGUAGGCAUUAUCAAGUCAUGACUAGUAGCUUACCGGUAUUGUCGAAGAGAGAAGCACAAUCAUUGCAUUCUAUUGGUACUAACAUAUGGGGGAGAAACAUGAGGUUAACAGAGUAGUUUAAGAACUUAAGGGCUGCGUAACGAGCAAUGAAACAGCAUUAAUAGACAGGAAGACAGCAUUAGUGAUAAACACAUUCACUGCGACAGCAUUUUUUGAACUCUCGAUUCAUGUACGGGAUGACCCACCAGUGGGUCACUUGUAAUAUUCCUCUGGUGCGUCGUGACCUACUGGUGAGUCACCAGGGGGAUGAACUUUUUAUAAACUUCCUCAAGGCUCAGAAAGAUAGCACCACGAAACGUCAGACCAGAAGAAACAAGUCUUUUUUCUUUCCGUUAAUUUCUAGUGAAGAUGUCACUUGCGCACUGCAGGAAAGCCCUGCACAGCCACACAGGGGGAUUAGCUUCUGUGACCCACCCGUGACCCACGUAGCAGUGAAUGUGUUAAAGAGCAAAUGGGGGAAGACAGUGUUCUAAUUGACAUUAAGUGGAUGAAAUGAGGUUGUAGAGGCCAUGUGAUGUGCAGGGUGGAUAAUCGGUGAUCUAUUAUAGUUGCAGAAUGGGUGUUAAGAGAAGGGAUGCAUAGUCUGGAACAGCAGAAAACUAGGUGGUGCAAUAAAAUGAGGAAAUUUGUAGGCAUAAGAUGAUGUCAGCUAGCACAAGACAGGAGUAAUUAAAGAUCACUGGAAGAGGCCAUUUGUCCCGCAUUAGACAUAGAUAGGCUAAUGAUGAGGGCAAUAGAUGACCCCCACGCAAAUACUGUCGUGGGUUCCUCCGGUAUGAAAAUUCGUGUCACUUGAUCAAAAAUGAUGCCAAGUGCUUCAAACUAUUGCUAGAACAACAAAGGCAUUUUCAAUGCUUCAAAACACCAGAAGCCCCAUUCGUGCUGUAAUGCAAAACUUCCUUUGCUAGCACAUGCAGAAGUGAGUAAUAGUCAACACAGAGGUGCCAGCCUGGCAGAGCCCAGAUAUGAUGACCAAGCACCAGCCGUCCAUGCUGUGGCCAAUGGUUCCUUCCCUCUCCUGGGUGAGACUGUUCCCAGCAGGGAGCCUUGGCCUUUUGUUCUCGAGCAGCUUUCGGAGCUGACCGCUCUAUGUAACAAUGUAAAUAAAUGUCCUGUUUUUCGUUCUA